CCCGUAUUGGAGUGAAUGAUCAGUUGGAUGCGAAGUGUGGAUAUUAACAGGAGAGCAGUGCAGAUAUGAUGCUAGCAGGCAGCGGGCGCUGCGAGGGGGGCUCGGUAAUAAGGAUACCGCAUGGAUGUGGGAUGAUCAAGGUCGGUGCUGCUCAUCGUCAGCACGCCAGCAUCCGGCCACACGGAGACAUACGCGCUUUAUUUACUGCGGCCAUUAAAUCGGAAAUCUGCCUCGUCUGAUACCUGCUGGCGGAAAGGCAAAGCCAUACUAGCGUCUUUAAGUGCCCAGGCAAUCCACCCAAACCCCCCUCCUGGCAACAAUGUCGCUGUAUCCAUCUUUAGAAGACAUGAAGGUGGAUAAGUUCAUGCAGGCGCAGAGCUCUUACGCGUCGGUCACGGCGAAGCAGGCGGCUCUCUCUGAAGCGGGUCAGACCUCCGGGGAAAACGCCAGCGGCCUCUACCCCAGACUGUACCCCGAGCUCAGCGACUUUAUGGGCCUAAACCUCGCUGAGGAUGCCCUUCGGCAGGCUCUCUCCUCCCUGCCAGCUGCAGACUGCUCCGGGGUUGCUACGAGGCCAUCUGCUCUCAGCUGCAUGACUGCCCCAGUAACGGGAAAUGACUGCGGCCUCCGCAGGGCCGAGAUCAAGCAGGGCGUCCGCGAGCUUAUCCUGUGCAAAGACAUGGACGGCAAGAUCGGGCUGCGCUUGAAAUCUGUGGACAACGGUGUGUUCGUCCAGCUGGUGCAGGCCAACACCGCAGCUGCCCUGGGCGGGCUGCGUUUCGGGGACCAGGUGCUGCAGAUCAACGGGGAGAACUGUGCUGGCUGGAGCACGGAUAAGGCCCACAAGGCGCUGAAGAGCGCCGCAGCUGAGAGGAUAGCGCUCGUGGUCCGGGACAGGCCAUUUGAGCGCACCAUCACCCUGCACAAGGACACCGGCGGCCAGCUGGGAUUCAUAUUCAAGAAGGGCAAGGUGACCUUCAUCGUGAAGGACAGCUCCGCCGCCCGCAAUGGGCUCCUCACUGAGCACCACAUCUGCGAGGUCAACGGCCAAAACGUCAUCGGGCUGAAGGACCCACAGAUUUCUGACAUACUGAACACCAGUGGAAAUGUGGUCACCAUAACCAUCAUGCCUGCCAUUAUCUUUGAACACAUGAUGAAGAAGAUGUCCUCCAGCAUUGUAAAGAGCCUGAUGGACCACUCCAUCCCAGAGGUGUGAAUAUGCAGCCCCCCCCCCAGCUCUGCUGCUUUCUGCCUAAAGACAGCUGACAGGUCACAUGAUCACCACGUGAGAGCUUUCGCCCUAGUUUCACAGAAGCUCUCCUGCAGCUCUUCUGAAGGCAUCGUGGACCCGAAUCCACACACCUUACCUAACGCUUGUAUGUAUUUCGCUCUUUCAGUGGCUGUGUACAUUAAAAAAGAAAAGAAAAACAUAAUGUGUGGUGUUUACGUGCUGCAUCUUCAUUUAUUUAUUCAUUAAAGAGUGAAGAACUCAUUACCAUUUCGAAAUAACGCACCUUUUAAGAGAUAUUGUUUUUAUUUCAUUAAUGAAUUUAAACUGUGACUUUCAUAAAAGUUGGUUUAUGAAACAUGAACCUGGUUAAGAUGUGAAUGCAUGUCAUAUUCGGGUUAACCGGCCCGUAUCUCAAGAACUUAAAGCCAUUUAUAGAAGCCUUGCUGUUUUGUUGAUGUCAUUUUGUAAAUAUUUAGGUGAACUUUGAGCACAAGAUUCCAGGAAUAUGACGGAGAUGUUGGAGACGUCUGAUGUUCACUUACUUGUGGAUCUCUUUCUCCGAUUUGGUAAUUUAAUUCAGAAAUACAACUCUGGGCUAUUUAACUAUAUUGAUUUUGUUAAAAAAAACAUAGUUAACAACCUUCCAUGUACUCUAAAUGAGAUGGAUGAAAUCAUUAAAGUCAGAUGUUUCUGAGAAAACAA